UUGCAUCUCGAUUUACAACUAUCUCAAGCCCAUGGACAUAGACCCUUGAGUAGUCGAAUGCCUUGACGGCAAUCCUCUCAACUCCCUUUCCCGACCUUACUUCCACACUUCAAGCCCUACUUUGGACAGAAAUCCAGCAGAGAUCGAUGGUAGCUGUACUCGUCGCUCGUCGCCACCAUGGGCUGGACCUCCGAGUUUAAUCCAGAUCCAACGUUCACCGCUUGGGGACCUUUUAUUCGCGAUGGCUACUACAUCCAACCAGUCACCUAUAGAGCGAUAACCGUCGCCAGCUUGGUCUUUGGUCUCGCAAACAUAUUCGCUAUCUCGGCAGCUGUCAUCGCGUACAGACAAACGCGAGCAUGUCGAAGGCCUUUGAAGAGCGCAUACAUCUGGAUGAUAUGGCUCGAACUCGCGGCUUCCUUUGUCAUUGCAAUUCAGUGCUUGCUAUACCUCCUCAAGGUCAUAAGACCGAGCUUCUGGUUCUACAUGUCAAUAUUGCUGAACUGGUCUAUACAAGUGCAAUUACUGCUUCAGAUCAUCAUCAAUCGGGUGCGCAUCAUACUGACGGAUAGGAGGAAAGGCCGUCUGCUCAUGAUAGGAACUGCCGUAGUUGUGACACUGAUCAACAUCAGUGUAUUCGUUGUAUGGAUUCCUGCGCGCCUCCAAAUAAGCACUCGUUGGAUCCACGUCAACAACAUAUGGGACCGAAUCGAGAAAGUAUUGUAUCUACUCAUGGACGGAUUCCUCAAUUUCUACUUCAUCCGAGUAGUCAAGGCGAACCUUGUCAGGAAUGGCCUCGAGAAGUACAAUCGACUUGUACUAUUCAAUCAGCACAUGAUCUUCAUCUCUUUGCUGAUGGAUGUCAUGAUUAUUGCUGCCAUGUGGAUCCCAAACGGUUUUGUAUAUGCGAUCUUCCAUCCACUCGCGUACCUCGUAAAGCUGAAUAUCGAGAUGUCCAUGGCACAUCUGAUCAAGAAGAUUGCGAUGGACAACUCUCGCAACAGCGACUUAUGUAUUAUCUCGAAUUCGCACAACAGCGCCUUCAAGUCCACACAAGAUUCCGAUUCAAUACCAGCCACCCGAAAAACGAUAUCGUUGCUAAAAAGUGUAUUUAGCGGCGAGGAGGAACGCCCACCGCUCCUUAUGAACGAGAUCCUGAAAACAGAAGAGUUCAGGGUACACAGUGGUCCUGUGAAGAAACUAGAGAGUCCAUCUGGCCAGACGAUUGAGCCCGAGAUUCACGAUGGGUCGAGUUUCCGCAGUACUACCGAUAGCAUUGCAUGGGUAGAUGCGGACUGGAUAGGGACGAAUGAGGAAGAGCCGGGCACUGCAAGCGCCAGAAGUCAGAAGCCUGCCUCGGUCGUGGACGACGAAGCGCAUUUACUUCGACCUGCACCUGCAGUCUUGCGUCCAAUUUGAAGAGAAGUACCCACUAGGUUCAACCAUCAACAACAAGCCGUUUACUGUGGACAAAGACAGAAAGGAUUGGCUGCUCACCUGAUCUUCC